AUGGCUGAUGAAAUUGCAUCAGCAAUGGAGCAGGAAAUGGUGGAAGAACAGGCUAUAAAGUGCCCAAGGCCUUCAGCAAAGAGGCAAAGGAAAGGAUCUCCUGACGCCCGAGAAGAAACAGAUAAAGAACGUGUAGACGAUAGUCUUCUGCAAGAUGGACGUAGAAUCAAAGAAAACAUCAGGGUCUACAUGAACGCAACAGACAGAAACGUGAUACAACGUGUGGUAAAGGACACAUUAGCUUCCUCUGAAAUGUAUGAUAUCAUAGUAAAUGCAUUAGUGGAAAAAGCAGUACCUAUGGUUAUCGAGGGAAUCAAGACGGAAAGUAAAACCAUACAAAGACCACUGUCAGAACCUCAGACAUCUCGUGAGUUUCCAUGA